GUUGUUCAUAUCCACAAGGAAACCCUGUGACUUACUCAAUUUAUUGUUCUUGUUUUGUUCAUAUCCCUCAUCAUCACUACCCUUCUCCUCCAUACAUUGACACUAUAUAAAGCAGCAAUGGGGCCUCGUUAUUCUCAUCGAAUUGUGUUCAACAGUACUAAACCUAGAGAAAUGGAAAUGAAGAAGUUUCUAUUGGUUGCUGCUCUUUCACUUGCUUUGGUGAUUGGGGUGGCUGAGAGCUUUGAUUACCAUGAGAGAGACUUGGCCUCCGAGGACAGCUUGUGGGAUCUGUACGAGAGGUGGAGGAGCCACCACACGGUUUCUAGGAGCAUCGAUGAGAAGCACAAGCGGUUCAAUGUGUUCAAGGAGAAUGUCAGGCAUGUCCACAACACCAACAAAGAAGACAGGCCUUAUAAGCUGAAGCUGAACAAGUUUGCUGACAUGACCAACCAUGAGUUCAGGAGCGCUUAUGCUGGUUCCAAGGUUAAGCAUCAUAGGAUGCUCCGAGGGCAGCGAAGCGGUGAUGGGGCCUUCAGGUACGCGAACGUUGACAGUAUCCCGCCGUCUGUUGACUGGAGAAAGAACGGUGCUGUCACGCCGGUUAAGGAUCAAGGCCAAUGUGGUAGUUGCUGGGCGUUUUCAACGGUUGUAGCUGUUGAGGGCAUCAACCAGAUUAAGACAAAGAACCUUGUUUCAUUGUCAGAGCAAGAGUUGGUUGACUGUGACACUCAACAGAAUCAAGGAUGCAGUGGGGGGCUGAUGGAGUUGGCGUUCGAGUUCAUCAAACAAAAGGGUGGCCUAACAACCGAGACAAACUACCCUUACAGAGCAACUGAUUCAACAUGCAAUGCUGCAAAGGAAAACAGUCCAGUAGUGUCAAUUGAUGGUCAUGAGUCGGUGCCUGCUAAUAAUGAAGAUGCAUUGCUCAAAGCAGCUGCAAACCAACCUAUCGCUGUUGCCAUAGACGCCGGAGGUUCUGAUUUUCAAUUCUACUCGGAGGGAGUAUAUGAUGGAAAAUGUGGCACCGAGCUGGAUCAUGGAGUUGCGGUUGUGGGAUAUGGAACAACACUCGAUGGAACCAAUUACUGGACAGUCAAGAAUUCUUGGGGCGACCAGUGGGGAGAAAAGGGUUACAUAAGGAUGGCUCGUGGUAUUGCUGAGAAGGAGGGGAAAUGUGGAAUAGCAAUGGAGGCCUCAUACCCCAUCAAAAACUCUUCAACUAAUCCUACAGGAGCACCUACAUCCUACCCAAAGGAUGAACUCUAAAACGAUACACAAUUUAUUUUAGCUUUUCUGAUGUUGCUUCUGUUAUAGCAUAAGGUUUCAUGA